AUCUGUCGGUGGGUGAUUCUCUCACUGGCGUACUCUUAAACGGGAAUUAAGUACGUUGUGGUGUUCCGAGUGGAAUCGCCGCCACUGGAUGCACUUAGGUUGAUUUUAAUCUGACUGCCGGACCCAUUCCCCAGCCGACAGAGCUGGCUCACUCUCGCUCCGAGCCCCGCCUGGGUGCUACUGACACCUGAAAGCAGCCUCUCCUGACUUCAUCCUCCUCUUCCUCUGCCUCCUCCUCCUUGUCCUCCUCCUCUUAAUAAGUGCUAGACUCACGACUCACCAGUGCCGUGUGGAUGGUGCUCCUUCGGUGUGCCUCCGAGGAGCACUGAGGCCCGCUCAGCACCCCUCCUCUCCUCUCUUCUCUCUUCCCCUCCACCAUCUACAGCAUCCUCCUCUUCAUCUGUGAAAGAGACGACAACAAUGAGUUCCCAGAGUCACCCAGAUGGGCUUCCAAACAAAGAGCAGCCACUGGAGCUCCUGAAGACCUCUGGACUCAACCACAUUCCCUCUAUUGAUGUGAGUGCGACGCUGCCACUGCAAGUGCCCCCUGCCGCCAUCCCCAUGGACCUGCGCGUGGACCACCAGUUUGCGCUGGCGCCGGCCGACCCCAGCCAGCGGGAGCAGCAGCUGCAGCAGGAGCUGCUGGCCCUCAAGCAGAAGCAGCAGAUCCAGCGCCAGCUCCUCAUCGCCGAGUUCCAGCGCCAGCACGAGCAGCUCUCGCGCCAGCACGAGGCCCAGCUGCAGGAGCACAUCAAGCAUCAGCAGGAUCUGCUGGCCCUGAAGCAUCAGCAGGAGCUACUGGAGCACCAGCGCAAGCUGGAGAGGCACCGGCAUGAGCAGGAGCUGGAGAAGCAGCAGAGAGAACACAAGCUGCAGCAGCUCAAGAACAAGGAGCGCGGCCAAGAGAGUGCAGUAGCCAGCACGGAGGUGAAGAUGCGGCUUCAGGAGUUUGUCCUGAACAAGAAGAAGGCCCUGGCCCAGAGAAACUUAAACCACUGCAUGCCCAAUGACCCUCGCUACUGGUAUGGGAAAACCCAGCACAGCUCCCUGGACCAGAGCUCUCCCCCACAAACAGGGAUGUCCACUUACAACCACCCAACCAUGCUGGGCAUGUAUGACUCCAAAGACGACUUCCCACUACGCAAGACAGCGUCUGAGCCCAAUCUGAAGCUGCGCUCCCGGCUCAAGCAGAAGGUGACGGAGCGCAGGAGCAGCCCUCUGCUGCGGCGAAAGGAUGGGCCCAUCACCACUGCCAAGAAGCGCUCCCUGGACAUGGCGGAGUCGGCAUGUAAUAGUGCCCCUGGUUCUGGACCAAGCUCACCUAACAACAGUUCCAACAACAUCACCAAUGAAAACGGAGUGGCGGGGUCCAUUUCCAGCAGUCCGGUGGAGCCGUCCCUGGCACACAGGCUAGCGGGCCGAGAGGGCCCCGUGAGCCAGCUGUCUCUGUACACAUCGCCCUCUCUCCCCAACAUCACUCUGGGCCUGCCAGCCACCGGCCCUUCCAGCGUGGCGUCUGGCCAGCAGGAUGGUGACCGACUGGGAAUGCCUGGGCUGCAGCCAGGAAUCCCCUUAACCACUCCGUUCAUCGCCGGGGCUCACCUGCCCUCCUACCUGGCCUCCACCCUGGAGCGCGACGGGGGCUCCGCACACAACCCCCUCCUCCAGCACAUGGUGCUGCUGGAGCAGUCGGCCCAGAACUCCCUCGUGGCAGGUCUGGGGGGGCUCCCACUGCAGUCGCCCUCCAUCCACAAGCUGCGUCAGCACCGGCCCCUGGGACGCACCCAGUCGGCCCCCCUGCCCCAAAACGCCCAGGCCCUGCAGCAGCUGGUGGUCCAGCAGCAGCACCAGCAGUUCCUGGAGAAACACAAGCAGCAGUUCCAGCAGCAGCAGCUGCACAUCAGCAAGAUGAUGGCCAAGCCGAGCGAGCCGAGCCGGCAGCACGAGAGCCACCCGGAGGAGACGGAGGAGGAGCUGCGCGAGCACCAGGCGCUGGCCGACGAGGGCCUGCCGCGCGGCGUCACCGUCAAGCAGGAGCCGCCCGACGAGCAGGACGAGGAGUUGCAGCAGAGGGAGAGGCAGCACGAGCAGGAGCUCAUCUUCAGACAGCAAGCGCUCCUGUUGGAGCAGCAACGGAUCCACCAGCUGAGGAACUACCAAGCCUCCAUGGAGGCAGCCGGUUUACCGGUCACCUUCCCCGGCCACCGGCCCCUCUCCCGGGCCCAGUCCUCGCCAGCCUCCGCCACCUUCCCCAUCGUGGUGCAGGAGCCCCCCACCAAACCCCGCUUCACCACAGGGUUGGUGUAUGACACUCUGAUGCAGAAGCACCAGUGCAUGUGUGGCAACACCAACACACACCCGGAGCAUGCAGGACGCAUCCAGAGCAUCUGGUCUCGUCUGCAGGAGACAGGACUGCGCGGCAAGUGUGAGUGUAUCCGCGGCAGGAAGGCCACUCUGGAGGAGCUGCAGACGGUGCACUCUGAGGCCCACGUGCUGCUCUACGGCACCAACCCACUGCGGCAGAAACUCGACAGCUCGGUGACACCCAUGUUUGUGCGGCUUCCCUGUGGUGGAAUGGGGGUGGAUAGUGACACCAUCUGGAAUGAGGUGCACUCCUCCAGUGCAGCGCGUCUGGCUGUGGGUUCUGUGGUUGAGCUGGUCUUCAAGGUGGCCUCUGGAGAGCUGAAGAAUGGCUUUGCUGUGGUGCGACCCCCAGGACACCAUGCAGAGGAGAGCACCCCCAUGGGAUUCUGCUAUUUCAACUCUGUGGCCAUUGCAGCGAAACUCCUGCAGCAGAGACUCAACGUCAGCAAGAUUCUCAUUGUGGACUGGGAUGUUCACCAUGGCAACGGAACCCAGCAGGCCUUCUACAGUGACCCCAACAUUCUGUACAUGUCUCUCCAUCGAUACGACGAUGGCAACUUCUUCCCUGGCAGUGGAGCACCUGAUGAGGUGGGCAGUGGGCCAGGCGUUGGCUUCAAUGUGAACAUGGCCUUCACCGGUGGCCUGGAUCCUCCCAUGGGUGAUGCCGAUUACCUGGCAGCUUUCAGAACGGUUGUGAUGCCCAUUGCCAACGAGUUUGCUCCGGACGUGGUGUUGGUCUCGUCGGGAUUUGACGCUGUGGAGGGCCACCCCCCACCCCUGGGAGGAUACCGCCUCACCGCCAAAUGUUUUGGCUACCUGACCAAGCAGCUGAUGGGGCUGGCCGGGGGCCGUCUGGUGCUGGCUCUGGAGGGGGGGCACGACCUCACCGCCAUUUGUGAUGCCUCCGAAGCAUGUGUUUCUGCUUUGCUGGGAAACGAGCUGGAGCCUCUCCCUGAGGAGGUGUUGCAGCAGAGACCCAAUCCCAAUGCUGUGCGCUCCAUGGAGAAGGUUCUAGAAGCUCAGAGUAAAUACUGGCGCUGUCUGCAGCGCCCUGCAUCCACAUUAGGCUGCUCUUUGCUGGACGCUCAGAGGCGUGAGGCGGAGGAGGCAGAGACGGUCACGGCCAUGGCCUCCCUGUCUGUGGCCAACAAGCAGCUUGGGAAGAGGCCCGAGGACGAGCCCAUGGAGGAGGAGCCACCGUUGUAGAGUGGCAUGGGCAGCGGUUGUUGUGGUGACUUCCUCUGCUUGACGAGCCCUCCGCCGGCUCCUCUCUGGCUCCUACUCCUCCGUUUGUGGCUGCAGGCCCGGCGAACGGCAGACUGAACGACAUCUCACACCACCCACCCAAAAAAACAUGAUAACUCAUCCUCAAAACGGAAUCUAAACCUACAACCAAACUCGUCAAAAAGACACUAAAUACCCCCCCACCCCCACCCCAUGAGUACCCUCAGCCGUUUUGAAGCAGUCUUUGUUCAAAAAAUG